AAAACAUUUAGCGGGUUUACAUUUAUUGAGUUUCCUGAACAUUUUUAAAGCAUAAGGCCGUUUGGAACUUUCAUGGGUCCGUUUUGGAGUCAGAUGAAAAGUUCAGACAGUUCUCUGUACCUUUGGCUCAUUCUGUUGGGUAAGUACCAAUUUGUUGUAAGAAACAGAGAAAGAAAAAUGUCACAAUAACUGCGCUCCGAGAAUAGAACUCAAUAAAACUUUCUGACCAAUCCAUCUUCACGUGGUCGUGGGCCUGGUAAAAUGUACACAAAAUUGUUAAAGGAAAUUCUAUACCCAUAUGGUAACAGUGAUUUUCUUCGAGAAGUAGGCAAGUGAAGUAAUGGCAUGACAACUAAGGAGUGCACCCUUAUAAAAACAACGUUUCCAUGAAGGAAAAAAUCUAAAAGAAAUUAAGCCUUUGUUGAAAUGGACCACAAUAAAGUUGAGGAUCAAAUAUUCUCUCACAAGUGAGAGAAUCUUUUGAGUAGAAUUUUUCCAAAAUGUUUUGAGAUAUUAAAAAAACAUGUUUGCUACAUUGCUUCCAAGGUUAUAGCUCAAUAAUCAUCCCGUGCACAUUAACUCCGCCCCAUCUGCGUCAAGAACUCAAAUUGUUGGACAGAAUAUUAUAACAAAAGAUGCAUUUUUUAGGCUUCGGCAAGCAGGUUUUUCAGUAGCAACACGGUUUACCCAGAAAACUUCAAAAGUUUUCAUUAUGUGAGGCUUUGAGCGUACGAAACGAGCGAAACGAGCUCGAAACGAGCUAGACGAUUAUCCUUUGUAAAAAGUUCAUGAAAUAUUAAAAACUUUCCUAGAUUUCGUCAUUAUAUAGCUCUGAUUUCAGGGGCCAUAAAGGUUGAUAGGACAUCUUAAAAUAAAAGAGCUUAGCAUAUAGUUGACCGAAGUAUAUGACCAAGGCCAACCUGAAUAUGCUCUCGCGGGACAAAUUUUUGGAAUAAAAUAUUUGGCUGUGGAGUGAAGUUCACCUGCAUGGCGUCUGCGCAUACAGCAAGGAAUCGUUUACACGAGUAAUAAGCAAAUUAGAUUUGACAAUGGUAUGCGAAUUCCAACUCAAGCACUUUCAAACCAAUAAAAUCACAAUUUAAUUUAUUUUAGCCGCCACGGAAAACAAAACGAUGAACACUGUGUCGGUCACCGGGAAGAUCCAUUAAAAUGUAGUGAACAAAGUGACUCAGGAUUAUUUCGUGUAAACACAUAAAAAACUUGCCUGAAAAGAAAAAAUCAGUUAUUUUAUUUUCUCGAGAAUAAACAGGAUUGUACAGAUUUCCGUAUAACUCUAGAUUAUUCAAAGCUGUAGUUCCAAAGGCAAGCUGUUUUUGCCAUUGUUUUCUUUCUCCAAGAACUAUAAGCAUAAUGAGAUAUAGAGCUGUGCGGAAAUCUUGCCACACAAUUAGAUACGUUGAACAGUUUAUAAUCAAGUCAAAUCCUCUAUUGAAAUAUCGCAAAAUGACAGUUGGGCGGCCUAAGCAUCUACUAAAGAAGGAAUGAAGACUUAAAACCAUAUAAUCCCGAAUACGCCUUUUUUAAUCACUUUUGAGAGGAAAACCGUUCAAAACAUCCCAGUAAUCCAGUCUGGCGCGAUUUCAUUUGUGCUCUUUUUUUCUUUGUUCAUUGUGGACAACAUCAUUAUCAUUUAUUAUUACUAUUAUUUGAGUCUAACAUCUUUCGGCUGAGGUUUCACUUGUUAAAAUCUCAACUCCAUUGCUUUUUUUUUUUUUUUUUGCUAAAUUUUUUAGUGUCAUUAAUUUGUUUUGUUAAAUCGUUUCACUGAAGUAUUAAUUCUCUGACGCUUCUAUACUCAAGAUUUUAUUGACGAGUUUGAGUAAUCUAUUAAUGACUUCAAUAAAGGCAAGAUUUUGACGCAGAAAUUGCGGCUUUAAAUGUUCUCGCUAUCUGAAGGGUCUCCAGGGGUGACAGCUUUUACGGUUGACGGUUAAUUUCUUUCCGCGUCGAUCAAAAGAAAAUAUUUUACGGUUAACUUUCUUGACGAUUUACAGUUGACUGUUAAUCGCAUUGAGACCCUCUGUCUAGGUCACUUAUCUGUCAUUGGAAUUGUUAAAUUUUCAGCUAGAUCUGAAAAGCAGAAACACCAGAAUUACUGUGACUUUAUGACACAAGACACUCCAAAUUCCUGUCCCCCCCUCCCUCAAGCACAUGCAAACAAUCGCUAAUAAAUGUUUUUUCCACUUUUCGAUUCUUUUCUAGUGUUCUUUCCCAAAGAGACACAGCCACUAAAAAUACUAUUGACUCCUCGCCGAUCUUCACACUCAGUAAAGGUUGGUGAACAUGUGACACUGAUAUGCACAACAGGGCCAAGUGUUAAAGCAACAUACAAAUGGCAGAAUGAUUUAGCUAUAGGAACAGGAAAAGAGCCGAGUAUGAUAACAGGAAAUGCUACAUUGAAAAUAUGGAAGACAAAAUUACAUCACACUGGAGUCUACAGCUGUACAGAAACACGAAAGGGAGAAGAAAUUCUACAACAAACCCGUUCGGUUUUGUUAACUAUCGUAGGUAAGACUAUUAUUCUGUUACGAUUUAAAGGUAUUGUUUGUCUGGUAGGUUUAAUGUCAUUAGAUACAUAACUUACACAAGUUUUCCUUUGUUCUAUGGUAAUCGAAUCAAUAAGAAACUGCACCUAACAAAGAUCUUGUUAAUAGAGCACUUGCAGCCAUUUUAACUUCUUGAAGCGAACAAAACCGCUUACUUUUUUUGCGAAGACCCCGAAGUUGUUCUGAUAGCGAGAGCUAAAAGAAAAUGGAAAUCAAAGAUAUCCAGUUAAUCACACUUUGAAUUAAAGAUAGUCCUUUGGGUCGAGGCCCACGCAUGAAAGCGAGACGAGUGUCAGUCAGUCCUGGAUGGAACCCGAACCCUGAUAUCGUAUGACCUAUAGAUCAACGCGACACAAAUAGUAUAGGUUCUUCAAGCGUCAAACGUAACCAGAGAUUUAUAUUGGAAGCUCCGAUAUGCUCACCUGGCGUGGGUUAGCGUUUAUAAAUGUGUAACAAUGAACACUGACAGACUGCAAUGUCAACACUACAAACCAAAUAUUCAUAACAUUUUCCAAACCAAACUUCUCUAUACCACUAGCUUCUUCGCAGCACCUCGUGUGGAGAAUGGCCAAUUGACCUUAAUUGUUAUAUACAUGUUUUUAAUUUUAGACAUGUGCCAUGAGGCCACAAUUACGAUCCAACCCACCCUAGCAAGAAUUUAUUCCGAAGGAACAGACCUCACAUUAUACUGUGAGUGUCCUAGCAAUUCUAAUGAAAAGACCAUAACAUGGAUCAAGAACGGUGCCAAAGUUACACCACAUAGCCGCCAGAGUAUAACUUCGGACGGCAAAAAAUUGAUGCUCAAGAAUGUAAAGUUUGCUGAUAGUGGUAAAUACGCUUGUAAUGUUACAGUGGACAGGAUGGUGACAGCGACAUCAAAGGAACUUGAGCUUUGGGGUACGACCCACAACUUUUAUAAGUGGAAGUGUAUCUUUUCAAAAGACUAGUCAUUUUACAUUCACCAAAGAGAGGGGGGCGACUUUGGGGGUCACAUGGUUUUCAGGGGAAACAGAGUGGGGGGAACAGUCAUCGCCGACAGAUAUAAAGGGAAACUAGAGAAAAUGACUGCCAGUUAACCGUUUAUGAGAGGGGGUGGUGUUAAAUAGACAGGGACAGUAGAAUUAAAGAUUUCAAGAAACUCACGGUAACUGGUUUGACGCGCGACUAACGCGCCUGCGCUCUGAGACAUUUUAAAGUGGUUUUAACUAACUGUGCCUACAUUAUACCGCUGUUGAUAUGCGUCUAGUUAAUGUUCUAUGACGCACGUGCUCAUGAGCGCUUGUAAUCUCCCCUUUGAGUAAAACUUUGCUAGAACGCAUGAUGAUGAGGCUUAGACGGGUUAAUUCAUAAAUAUACCAAAGAAUAAGAAUUUGGAGAACACUGAAUACCUUACUUACAUGACGUGAAAAUCACAAUAUGUCUUUUUUUCCUUUUCAGUGGGAAACAAACCAGAAAUCACUGAUUAUCCACCGGAAGUAACGCAAUUUAAAUUGUGGACACAGUAUAUUUUUUUGACUUGCAUAGCAGAGGGAGUACCAUACCCACGAGUAAAGUGGUACUACAAUGGCGGGCCUAAUGAGUCGCAAAUUCCUGUGCCAAACGACGGAACUAAUUUCACGGUCUUUGACAACGGGACCAUGGCAAUAAGGGAAUUCAGAUCAUAUCAUGUAGCUGUCUACAAGUGCGUGGCUAUUAAUAUCCUGGGGUCUACGAAGAGGAUAAUUCAUAUUCAAACCCCAAGUAAGUUUAACCCGCUGACAAUGAAGGCGGCAGCGACGCGAAAGCGAUUGGAGAGAGAGAGAGAGAGAGAGAGAGAGAGAGAGAGGAAGGGAGAGAGGGAGGGAGAAAGAGAGUGUGGAGCGAGUUCUCUAAUCUGACCUAAUCCUGGUGGAAUGAGAGGUUACUCAGAUACUUCCAAGAACAGUGUUCUAUUUACAGAGUCAUGUGAUCUCCGAGCAGUUUUUUAUGUGUGCACUAAUGAAUUUAGUUUUUCGUGUGCAGUAAAAAUAGAAGUACAAAGAAAAGUAUCAGCAGCUGAGGGAAAGUCGUUCAAUUGGCGCUGCACAGUCGAAGGUCUUCCAAAACCAAACGUCUACUGGGCGGAUGCAAAGAGAAAUGAAAUAAGAGAAGGCACUCGAUUCAUAACAAGGUUUGCGGAGGAAUUACGAAUACAAAAUGUACGCAUGGGUGACUCUGGGCGGUACUAUUGUGUCGCUUACCGUAAUGAAACUCGUGAAUCCAAAUGGACUGAAUUGAGGAUGGACGUUUAUGGUAAGUAGUGUUGAGAAUGUCCAGCUAUAGCACCUAUAUCAUUAAACAGGGGAAAAAUAAAAAGUGCCACGUUACAUUAUGCAGCGUCAAGUCAAGUCAAGUCGUAUAAUGAGAUUAUGAUAAAGAUGAUAAUAAAUCAUAAUAAUAAUAAUGAUGAUGAUGAUGAUGAUGAUGAUGAUGAUAAUAAGGAUGAUGAUAAUAAGAUUGAGCUUAGCCUAAACUUCUAAUGUUUUUUUCCCCUCCCUUGAUAGGGCCCGUACCCUAAUGAGUUUCUUUUAAAACUCUCCGCAUUCAAACCCUACUUUAAGGACCUUUACGAAAAUAAACUCUUAAAAAAAAAAGAAUUCAUCCGGCAGUAGCGGCUGAAAGCAAAACGCGAACUCGAGGUCUGGGCUGGUCUUUUCCUAAAUUUUCUUUUUUUUUUUUUUUUUUUUUUUUACCACGUAAAAAUCAUACAUAGCCAUCCAAUAUUUGAUUAAAAUAAACUAUAUAACUAUAGCAGCCUCAGAAUGCCUACCCAAAAACGCAAAUACUGUAUUCUUAUCAUUAUUAUUAUCAUUACUAAAAUCAUUACUAUUUUGAAAAAAAGCAUUACCUAUUUUAUAUAUCGCCUUGUCGGGUUACAUCAUUCCGUGUGAAUUAAUUUUUUUUUCAAUCCAUGACUCUGUCUUAUUUCUUAUUUCUUGGCUCUUAUACGUCACAAUAGAAUUUCAUCACAACCAUCACAAUGCAUGUUUCUGGCGAGCCGGGGAGAAAAUAUAAUCAUUUCUUGCCUGAAUAUUUGAGACCAAAUCGUCAAUUAAACUUCUUUCUUCUUCAUUCAGAAAAUGACAGCCUCACAAUCAAGUCUUCUCCCAAGAAUAUAACACACGUGUUUACUGGAACAAUGGUAACGCUUAGGUGUGAGUUUGACAGUAAAGCACCUUUUACCACCUGGUGGGGCAUUAAAGGUUUGGAAGGGUUGCCAGAUUACUAUAGAAUGAGAGAUUAUGGCUCCUGGUUAGAAAUAGAUGAUGUGGGGGAGUCGGACAACAACGUUUAUUACUGCCGCGCAUCGAAUGGUUUCAAAACCGUCACGGCUUACACUCAUUUGUCAGUGUAUAGUAAGUGGAGGACAUGAUUACUCAGCCUUAUCAAUUCACUAUUGUCAUUUUACCAAAUAAGGUCACGAGAAUGUGCAAAAUAUGCCACGGUAUUACUCUGGGGAACAGGGCAAAAAUACGAGACAACAAAAUGGCUAUACUGAACGAUUCAAACUUUGAUUUUCUUUUCCCUUUUUUAGGCUUACCUUUUAAAGAAACCAACUUUAAAGCGUAACAGAUUCUUUGUUGGUCACAAAGAACACUUAAAUGGUUACGUUGGUGUUGUUUCAGCUUGUUUUCGUCUUUUAAGUACUCUUUGUGGGAUCGAUACAAUGCCCAGAUAAGGCCUUAAGAUGUAUUUGGCAAACUAAAAUCAAAUACUAAAAAGUGAAACAAUAGUGGAAUAAUAAAUCCCUUAAUCGAUGUUUUAAUAUGUAAUUCGAACGGACAUUUUGUUCAUAGCACCCCUUCGGGCUUCGGAAAAAUACUGCUCAACUCGUAAAAUAUCCGAACUUAUUAUAUAUAAAACGAUAAAAAAAAUGUGUACAUAUUCAGUGAGGGGUCCUGUUUUUGUCUUUUGUUUGAAAAUUCAUUAUGCUUCGCUGUGGUGUCAAGUCAGAAAAUUCGUCAGGUAUUGAUGAGUCGAUUAAGUUAAAAAUAAGCUGAAAAAUCAAUAAAUUUCUGUCCUCAGAGUCUACGGAAUGGAAACCGAGCAACAUAACAGUUCACGUCGGAGACUCAGUUUGGUUUCACUGUGAUGCACGAAGGGUCCCUCGAUUUCCAUUCAAAGUCGCGUGGUUUAAACGUGGACAGGGUAGUAAAAUGCUCGACAAGAAAAGGUUCCGUGUUAUUGCGAACGGUUCGAUCCACAUAACUGAUAUUCGGCUCAAUGACGAAGGAAAGUAUUUCUGUAUUACCAACAAAAACUUCAAACAGACCUUUGGAACGCGGUAUCUUCUAGUUAGAGGUAAAUCCUGUCAGAGUUACUUUGGAAUAUUUCUUAAUGUUACAAAAGAACCACUAAACUUCGUGCAAGGUGUCACUAGCCGUCUAAGAAAUCCUUAUGCAGGUAAAUUUGGGAUAGGUUUUAUAAAAGUGGUUAGUUCAAAUCAAUAAUAAUAAUGCAAAACAAGAGAGAAAAAGUGAUCCCAUUAUAUUCUCCUGCAUGAGACCAAAUAAGAACGUCAGGGCCAAGAUUUUUGGGUCAACUGACUGCCGCGUAUAUCAGCACAUUAUUUUUCGGUUGUUGACAUUAAAUAUGGUCCUUCUAGUGAGAACGUUGGUACAAAAUCAGGAUCCGCUAUUCCAUUUUUUAAGUAGUAACACUUUUCUCCUCGGCACAAAUAAUGUUCAAACAAGCUAAACAAGAAACUUAGAAUUUCAAAAUUUAAAUGAGCUGUUAAGUAUUGGUCACGAAGUGAAAGUGGGCCGAACCCAUGACGGCUGGUAUAGUAACCAUUAUAACAGACAUUUACACACAUCUUCAAAACUUUUUAAUUCAUGUAUCAUAUUUACUUUUACAGAAAAACUCAACGGAACCAAAGAAACACCACAUCAACUUACGGCUGCGUGCAAGAAAUAUCGAAGUCAUUUUCCUGUAGUGAUUUUCGUGGUAGUAGUGAUUUAUGCUGUACUUCUUUGACAUGCGCAAUCAAACAUUCUUAUUGUUUUUUCUUUUAUCGUUAUUGUGGAAACAACAGCUGUCAUUUAAAUGUUAUUACGGCCACACCAUAGAGAGUGGCCGACAGUGUGCUGCUUGUUGCUGUUCUCAUAUCCCUCAUGAGCUGAAAUUUCAGUCUUCUUGAAAUACAAAUGUAAUUAUAGUUGGCCACGGAAUCCUCUUUAAAUGCUCAAUAGUUACAGGUACUGUCCCACUCCGCGAGAAUGUUGGAGAUGAAGCACCGCCUUGUA